AUGUUUGUACCACCCUUGAUAAAGGCGAUGCGGAAAACCCCAAUGAUGUGGCAAAAAAAGUACCACAAUCUGGAGGAGGAGGAUUCUGAUGAGGAGGAUUCUGAUGAGAUGUCGAGCCUGGUUGACGAGAGUGAGGGCGCGGAAAAUGAGGAGGAACUUGAGACCGACAAGGAUGGCUUUUGA